AUGCUUGUUCCGUCGCUUUCUCUAUUAGCACUUGUUAUUCCAUUGAUUGCAAGUGCCGGAAAAGUAGGACAUCGGGGAAUAACUCCAAACCCCUCAGUUACUGUACAGAAUGGCACCUACUAUGGACUUCACAACCCAGACUAUGAUCAAGACUUCUUCCUUGGCAUGCCUUAUGCACAGCAACCUAUUGGUGAACUUCGCUUGCAGACCCCACGGCCAAUGAACACCUCCUGGCCGGUACCAAGAAAUGCAACGGAAUACUCACCCGCUUGUGUCGGGUUUAAUCAGACUAAGGGUGCUUCUGAAGCCUGCCUUAGACUGAAUGUCGUCCGCCCAGCAAGCAUCGCUCACCAUAGCAGUCUGCCCGUUGCUGUCUGGAUUCAUGGUGGCGGAUUCACUUCCGGCUCUUCAUCAGAGAAACAGUACAAUCUUUCCUUCAUUGUUGACCAGUCAGUCCAAAUGGGAAAGCCCAUUGUCGCAGUCAGUCUAAAUUAUCGUCUUCAUUGCUGGGGUUUCAUGUGGAGCAACGAGAUGAAGGAAGCCGGAGUAGGGAACCUGGGACUUAGAGACCAACGCUUAGCUUUGCAUUGGAUACAAGAGAACAUUGCUGCUUUUGGUGGCGACCCUGCUCAGGUUACGAUCUGGGGCGAAAGUUCCGGCGCUAAUAGUGUUGGCACGCAUCUGGUUGCUUACGGAGGGCGCGAUGAUGGUAUAUUCCGUGCAGCAAUCAGUGAAAGUGGUGCCCCGAGUGUUUAUCAACGUUAUCCGACACCUGACGAUUGGCAGCCCUAUUAUGAUGGCAUUGUGGAUGCAUCGGGCUGCAGUUCAGCAACGGAUACUUUGGCUUGUCUCCGAACGAUCCCAACUGAUACAUUGCACAGUAUUUUCGAUAACACGUCUAUUGUACCCGAGCACUCUAUGUCAGGCCUCAGCGGAGCGAAAUUCAUUCCUGUCAUAGAUGACGACUUCAUUGAAGGAAGUGGCACGAUUCAGCUUCAGAAGGGCAAAUAUGUCAAAGUUCCAUACCUGAUUGGAGCUAACGCCGACGAAGGGACAGCAUUUGCUGUACCGGGAGUCAACACGGAUGCCGAGUUUCGAGAGCUAGUCAAAGACUGGGGCCUCGACAACGCUACCACUGAUAUUUUGGAGGCCCUGUACCCAAACAUCCCUCAGAUUGGGAUCCCCGCCAUAAUGGUUGGAAAGCCACCGUCCGGAUAUGGAAGGCAAUACAAGCGUGUGGCCGCAUUUCAGGGCGAUGUAAACAUCCAUGGCCCGCGUAGGUUGGCUAGCCAGGCAUGGUCAUCCCGCAAUGUCUCGGUGUAUAGCUACAGGUUUGAUGCUGUCAGUCCUGGGAAUGGCCCUGCUGCUGGAUCCUAUGUCGGGGCCACUCAUGCUUCAGAAAUUCCCUACGUCUUUCAUAACGGUGAUGGCGUGUGGUAUGACUUCAACAAGACGACCAUGGAGAGCAUACCGAAUAGUUAUUCACACCUGAGCACAAUUAUGUCAAGAAUGUGGGUCAGUUUUGUGACAACAUUGGACCCAAAUUACUCUGGAGAGAAUGUCCACUGGCCGAGAUACAAUAUCGAUAAUCCGGAAAUAAUUUUCUUUGACAAUACUGUCUCGAAUCUCUCAUAUGUUAGGUCGGACGUUUACCGCGCGGAGGGCAUCAAGUACAUCGGUGAUCACCUUGCAAGUAGUUUCGGGGAAUAG